CGUAGGCAAAGGGUUCCACGUAUGACUCGAGAGUCAAAUUAGAAGUAAUGAAAAUCAAAGUUGAAUUAAAAUCACAGUAGAAGUGGCAGAGUCUAAGAGGAUAGGUGUGAUUGGCUUCACUAUUGAGACAGUUUGAUUUAUCCUUCGUUCCUUUCGCUCGUCUUUUUAGUUCGGUUCGGAGAUAACAAUAAUAUUGUGGCAGUGCCUAUGUUACUGUUUUAAAAUAAAAUAAAGAGAAAGUAUUUGUUCAGUUAAGUUUGUUGGUGUUGGUGGUUUCAAAUUUAGUAAUAGUAUUUGGGAAAGGAGUUGAAACCGAAGAGCGUGAGAUCCGAUUCGUGUUCUUAAUUAUACGUUGACUUGCCGUUUUCAUUCGUCAAAUUCAAUCUGAUGCAUAUUCGGACCCAAAGACAUAGCGCUCUUUCUCCAUCCAAAUCUCGCAUUCCCAGUCUCAAACAUUCUCAAAUCAUGAAGACAACACAGAUUUUCGGUGUGUCUCUCUCGCUCAUUCUUAUCAACCUGGCCGCUAUCAUGGAGAAAGCCGAUGAAAAUCUUCUUCCAUCUGUCUACAAGGAAGUUAGCGAAGCAUUUAAUGCGGGACCAUCUGAUUUGGGUUACCUCACAUUCAUAAGGAACUUUGUUCAAGGACUAUCAUCCCCCUUGGCUGGAAUACUUGUUCUAAACUAUGAUCGCCCUGUAAUUCUUGCAAUGGGAACUUUUUGCUGGGCUUUAUCUACAGCAGCCGUUGCCGCUUGCCACGAUUUUAUGCAGGUUGCAUUCUGGAGAGCUAUAAAUGGCUUUGGUUUGGCAAUAGUGAUUCCAGCACUACAGUCUUUCAUUGCUGAUAGCUACAAGGAUGGUGUGAGGGGAACUGGAUUUGGAUUAUUAAGCCUUAUUGGUAACUUAGGAGGCAUAGGAGGCGGUGUUUUGGCCACAGUCAUGGCUGGGAAGCAGUUUUGGGGGAUACAAGGGUGGCGAUGUGCUUUUGUUUUGAUGGCAACCUUGAGUGCAUCGAUUGGACUCCUUGUUUUACUUUAUGUGGUUGAUCCAAGAAAAAGAUCUACCACCAUUCAUGAUGCUACUGACAGUUUAGAUAGGGAUGAAGGUAUCUAUAAAGGCAAUGCAAGUGCAGCAUCAAUAUGGAUGGACUCUUGUGCUGCCACAAAAGCUGUGAUCAAAGUGCAAACAUUUCAAAUCAUUGUGUUACAGGGCAUUAUUGGGUCACUACCAUGGACUGCCAUGGUGUUCUUCACAAUGUGGUUCGAACUAAUUGGGUUUGAUAAUAACAGUUCAGCAACACUCCUCAGCCUUUUUGCUAUUGGUUGUGCAAUGGGGUCCUUCAUGGGUGGAUCAAUAGCUGAUCAACUGUCACAAGUGUACCCUCAUUCUGGUCGAAUCAUGUGUGCACAGUUCAGCGCCUUUAUGGGCAUUCCAUUCUCAUGGUUUCUCCUUAAGGUGAUCCCUCAGUCUGUAAGUAGUUACCUCACCUUUUCUGUCACCCUGUUUCUGAUGGGUCUAACUAUAAGCUGGAACGGUUCGGCUGCAAAUGCCCCUAUGUUUGCUGAGGUAGUCCCCGUCAAACAUAGGACCAUGAUUUAUGCAUUUGAUCGAGCUUUCGAAGGCUCGUUUUCCUCGGUUGCGGCUCCACUGGUUGGAAUUCUAUCUGAGAAAAUAUUUGGCUACAAUGCAAAGUCUGUUGAUCCUAUUAAAGAAUCUUCACCGGAGGCUCUGGCUUUGUCCAAGGGUCUUCUUUCAAUGAUGGCAAUUCCAUUUGGAUUGUGCUGUUUGUGCUACACACCACUCUACUACAUAUUCAAGCGGGACCGCGAAAAUGCUAGAAUGGUCGCUUUGAAAGAGCAGGAGAUGAUGAUUUGAGAGUCAACUGGUUGUAUAGUUAAUAUUGGUUGAUCAUGUGAAACUGUCCACUGUUUUUGAGACUUGCGGUGUCUCAAUUGGACUUUAAAUCAACGCUAUCACCUUUUGCAGUAACUCAACAUUUGGAAGCUGAAACCAUCUCCAAACAAUAUAAUGACAUCAUUUGUCCUUUUAUAUUGGAGGCUUCUUACUGAUGAAGGAACUCCUUCACUCUUGAGAUGACAAAUCUGGCUGGGAGGAUCAGAAAUUUGUUCCGGCGCUUAUAAUAUUCUUGCGAUGGCAAUUAUGGCAUGAACUGAUCAGAAAUUUUCAAUAGGUUCUUUAGCUAACACCAUACCAAAUUGAGGAUAUGUAACUUGUGGUCACUGUUAAUUGAUAAUAUCAUUUUGUUA